UUCAUUGGAUGGUAUUCAUUGCUUUGCAUGAAAGAAAUGAAGGUUGCUUUGGCUAAGGUGGCAUAAACAUCUGAAUGGUUUUGUGUGCAUGUUGAAAAACACAAAGGGCAGCCUUCAGGAGCUUUGGAAAUACCAAGUUUUAUUGCAAAGCUUAAAUCAAAUCCUUCCCAGCUGGAAAAGUGUGAGACAAAGCUCUGGAAAGAGACAGGAGGAGAGCUAUUUUCAGCCAUGCUUUAGUGAAACAUCCAGAGUCUAUUGCGGGCCAGGAGGUGGGGGGAGCACAGAGGGUGAGAUUGACAAGAUGCAUGUGCAAAAUGACUCUGGCCUCUUACCAAAAGUGGAGUCAAAACGGCUGGUGAUAGUCUGCUCAGCAGCUGGAGAUCUAGAAGGGUAUGGAGCAUUGGUCUUGCAGGACUAACCUCUAAGGAGGAGGGGGGAAAGGAAGUAGUGGGCUUUAGGACGGACUUGAGAAGGUUGAUGCUCCUUGCCGCAAUGGAAGAGGAAAGCACCAUACCUUAAGAGUAAAAAAAGGUUUAUUUUUAUUUUCGAAAAGGACAUUGUCGCCAAAGGAAAAAGACUGUGCUGAAAGCAUGGGAGCUGAAGAAGAAGAGGUCGUUGUCACUCUCUCUGGAGGGGCACCCUGGGGCUUCCGUUUGCAGGGGGGCUCUGAACAGAAAAGACCCCUUCAAGUGUCAAAGAUCCGUAAAAGAAGCAAAGCAUGCCGUGGGGGCUUAUGGGAAAAUGAUGAACUGGUAACCAUCAAUGGGAAAUCAUGUGCUGGCCUCUCACAUGCCAGUGCCAUGCAGAUCAUCGACUCCUCAAAUGGCAUCCUCAACAUUGUUGUUAAAAGGGUGCUUAGUGGGAACCCAUCCGUUGAGGGGCUCCUGCGUUCCCCUUCCCCCAGGCAGCUGCAAGUGCCCUCUCCAACUUCACCGCUCAGCCGGGCCUCCCAGUUGCGCAGUCCUGAACCGGCCGUUCCCCCUGCUGCCCUGGAACCUGAGCAGCAGCCCCGACGGCAGCAGCCCCUGGAGAACAUAACCUCACCCCCUGAUAGCGAAGCGUACUAUGCCGAGACCGACAGCGACGCUGACAACAUUGCCCAGGAAAAGCACCGGAGAGCUCGCAAGAAGAGCCCCCGUUCUCCCCCAGGGGGAGCAAACAAUAAAGCAGGCGAGCCGCAGGACGAAGUGUCCCUUUCCGAGCUGAGCGGGUAUGACAGCACCCCCGAGGCAACAGCGCAAGCUGCAGAACGUGGAGAAAACCUCAGCGGCGUGGCCAAGAGGGAGAUAGUGUGCCAGCCAGGAAGCCGCACUGACACCCCCUUCUCAGAGAGUGAAGCUUUGCUACUGCAGCCACCCUUACCUGAAGACAGAGAGCCUUCCCCAGAAGCUAUGCUCCUCCCACAUGCAACUAAGAACAUUCGAGCAGAGCGGCACCUCAUCCCCAUGAUAGGGCCUGUGGAGCACCCCGUCGAUGAAGACCUGACCACCACCUAUGCAGAGAAAGCCAAACAAGCCAAGCUUCAUCGCAGUGAGAGUAUGCAGGAAAAGAAUGUGAAAGAAGCCAAAACCAAAUGCCGAACCAUAGCAUCCCUGCUGACAGAUGCGCCCAACCCCCAUUCCAAGGGUGUCCUGAUGUUCAAAAAGCGCCGCCAGAGGGCAAAGAAGUACACCUUGGUCAGCUUUGGAAGUGUUGAUGAAGACCGCUGCUAUGACGAAGAGGACGGCGUCUUCCCAACCAGCGAAUCCGAGUUUGACGAGGAAGGCUUCUCUGAUGCCCGGAGCCUAACAAACCACUCAGACUGGGACAAUACUUACCUUGACAUUGAGAAGCCCAAGGGGCCUCCUGCCCACGAGCAGGAUCAGGCUCAACAAGGCCUCAGUGGAGUAUCAGGCAGGGGGGCGCAGUUGUUUGAGCAGCAAAGGCAGAAGGCUGGUGAACAUACUGUGGAGAGAGUCCCUACUCAUGAGCCAGAAGAACAGCCCCCACCUCCACCUGUCCUUCAAGUGCAUAACGUGUUACACAAUGAAGCCCCCACUCCACAGAAGGCAGAAAGGGCCCCUCUGAGUGUCCAAUUAGAAGCUGUACAGGUCUCUAGCCAGCUGCCAUCACCAAGUCCUGCUCAACUCCAGUCUCCAUCAGGCAUCUUCGGAGGAGGAGGUGUGGGCUCCCCGAACUCGCCAAGUGCCACCAGCAUCUUCAACAGAUCCGCCCGACCUUUCACUCCAGGUUUUCCCGGGCAACGUCCUAUGACUUCCUCUGUCGUGUUCAGACCAUCUGCACCAAGGAAAGGCAGUGAGAGUUUUGGUGGACAGAGAACAGCGGCGCCUCCUUUCUCCCCUGUCACUCCAGGGACCACUCAGCUUCCUGCCGCUCCCAUGGCAGUGCAGCCUAGUGGCCCAGCAAGUGCCUCUGUGUCUCUGUAUAUCCCAACCCCUCCAUCGUUGGUGCAACUCUCAGGGCCUGGAAAUUCUGCGGAGGCCAAGCCACCUUCCAACACACCCCGAACCUCCACAGCUUCCAUAUACCUAUCAGCACCUUCUAAGCCAGCUGCAGAGGCUGUCGCUGCUACACCCCCGCCAUUGCUGCCUUCCCAAGGCCAAGAGACGGCUUCUUCGACUUUGUACAUCAGCCCCGUCCAACAGCAGCCCCUCUCCCAGCCCUUCACUGCUGUAGCGCCGGCCAUCUCACGGCCUGCUUCUGAGCCCUUUGCCUCCAGGGAACAGAGAGUUGCAGUUCCAGCUCCCAGAACGGGUAUCUUGCAGGAAGCUCGCCGGCGGAGCAGCAAGAAGCCCAUGUUCAAGACUGCGGAGGAGAAGAAGAAGAAUUCCCCCAACCCCGAGUUGCUGUCUCUAGUGCAGAACCUGGACGAAAAGCCCAAAGGAGACCACCACGGAGCAGGCUUUGAGUCUGGGCCCGAGGAGGACUUUCUCAGCCUGGGGGCCGAAGCCUGCAACUUCAUGCAAGCCUCAGGCCGGAAAUUCAAGACCCCACCCCCAGUAGCUCCUAAGCCCCAGCAGUCAAAGGCCUCUGGUGGACUGGUGAAUGGCUCCUCCUCUGCCAACGACAUAGCCCAUUUGAAGGGGAAAGGGGCAGAGCUCUUUGCCAAGCGACAGAGCCGCAUGGACAAGUUUGUCGUGGAGUCUGCUCUCACACCGGCCCCAAAGGCCAGAACCCCAUCCCCGACCCCUUCCCUGCCUUCCUCCUGGAAGUACUCCCCCAACAUCCGCGCCCCACCCCCCAUCGGUUACAACCCACUUCUCUCUCCGUUUUAUCCCCUGGCAGCCAGCAGGUCGCAGGCUAGCAAGGCAGAGAGCAAAGUGAAAAAGGGGCCCAGCCAGAAAUCGGGGAUCAAGGCCAUCGACUUCAUGCGGCACCAGCCGUACCAGCUGAAGUCCGCCAUGUUCUGCUUCGGGGAUGUGGCAGGCUCUGACGUCCAGGCCUCCUCCGCAAGCCAGGCAGCCCAGCAGUCCAGCCUGUCUUUCACCCCGGCCAAGCAAGUGCCCGUGAAAACAGCCCGGACCUAUGAGAUCCGCCGCUUUUCCACACCUGCUCCAGCGCCGGCUUCCAGCAGCCUGGCCCCUACAGUGCUGGCCCCCCGCUCUGCCACCACCUUGGAUGAGCCUGUGUGGAGGACAGAAAUGACCUCCAUCUCUGCACCCGCUUCCCCAGGGCCCUUCCAGGUGGCUCCCCCACAGUAUCUAAGCUCCCCUGACCUCAGCCAGCCAGGCAGGGGGCCUUCCCCAAGCCGACCCUCCUCAUCCUCCAGUUUCCAGGUAGCGAGACCCAGGUUCUCAGCUGCGCAAACUGGGAUGCAGGCACACAUCUGGAGACCAGGUUCUGGUCACCAGUGAAAGAGAAAUAAUGCUUCCCCAUCCCCAUCAGUGGGCUUCUUCACACAUUGUGGUUUUUUAGGUGUACACCUAAGGGUUGGGGGGGGCGUACAUCUUCAAAUUUAAAGUGUAAAUGCAGCAGUUUAUCCUAAAAGUGCACCCACCAGAGAGCUACGAUUGGCUGCAGCUCACUGCUGAGUUCCCACUUUGUGGCAAACCCAGGUUUGCUGCCGUGUAGUAAUGUGUUGAGAUGGCCCACACGUGCAAGGCAGGCGUUUGGACAGAAUAGUUACCUUUAGCUCCUCCCCUCCCUUUUCUGUUUAAGUUGAGUUCCUGUAAAUUAGGACAAUGAAGCCAAAUGGGAGGCAAGCAGCCUCCUUUUCCGAAUCACUGAACUAUCCACUUUUUGGACUUGCGACGUUUCCAAGGGAUUUAACUGUGUGUGGCCGGAGCAAGAGAAAAGUAGCAACGAUAGAAGGGUUUGCCAUUCACGUAGCAGCAAGAUUCAUAACCGCCCUAGGAAAAGCAGUGCUGUGCAGCUGUAAGCAAGUGCAUUUUUAUCUCUGAGAACAGCUCCUCGCCUCACCAUCCGGAAGCCCCGUGUAGUGUGAACGUGGUGGUAAGGUGGAAGAGAAGCAGUCGCAGAGGCAUAGAUGGACCCUCCUAAUUGUCUCUCAACAUCUGCCUGCUAAAACCCACAAAUUCAAAGUUUUCAUCACUCUCUUCCAAACAGGAUUGUCUUGGAAGCCUUUUGUGAGUUCCUUGGGGAGGCAGCCAGUGAUGUAUUACAAGUUUCCGCUCAUGCUAGGUGUAAGAUACCUAGUCUUUGCCCUGCCUUAACUGAGAGCAAUGCUGUAGCACAGCCAAAGUUUUCCAAGGAAAUGCAAAUUGCUGUUAAUAUUUCUUAAAUUUGUAUACGGCCAUUCAUCUGAAGAUCCCAAGGUGGCUCACAACAGAAAAUCACUUUCUCUUUUGCAUUUACAGGAAAGGCUUGGCAUGCAUUUCCUCAGUAUCCCUGUGUUAUGUCUCUGUCUCCACAUUAGCAUUACAAAGCAAAUAUGGCGACUGCCAGGCAUGGCAUUUGCCUUGUAACAUGCCGUUCUCUCUUGAAAUGCCCCAAGACUAUGCCCCAGAAUCAUCUGCUUCUUCAACAGAUAAGUCAGAUAGAAAGUUUGAAAGCAACUGGUUGACACAGAUGUGUGUGCCAUUUGCUACGUAAUUAAAUGAGACAGGAGACACAAAUUCCUCAAAGUUUCCUGGUCCUCCUCUGAACAGCUGAACGAGAGGCUGUGCAGGACUGCAAGGGCUGAAAAGCAGCAUGAGAUGAGAAUUCGAGGUGGAAGAGGCACAGAGGCAGCAAGGCAGUCAAAUGACUACUUCUUUAUGGCAGUAGUGGGGUGAAGGUGUGUGAAAAUGCAGGGAAGAUCUUCUCUCCAUCUCUCUCUGCUUAGUAGCCAAUUUGCGUUGGUCAGAAACCGGACAGUGUUGUGUGUCGAAGCACCAGAGAAGGAGAACCCUUUCAGAAAAAUGAAAGGAAGACCAAGUGUGGAAUUUUGGAGUGCAAGGUUUGACAUUAAUCUCUUGCUAGAAUAGGACACUGUAAGUGGGAGGGAGGAAUAUGUGAGCAAGUGUGGGAGUGGUUUUCAGAGUCCACAGGGCAGAGUUUUAAGGCGUUCCUGUAUCUCAGAUGCUUGUUCCAAUGACUGACAAGCUAGCAACUGGAAAUUCAAGUCCAGGGCCAGUUUUUGUAGACUCUCCCAGGUCAAUGAAAGCUAGCAGGGGGAAAAGGGAUGGCUAGGAGUUGUAUAUCUACCAGUACUCAAAGCCAGGAAGGGAUAGAACAGGCAGCUUGCUGGAAGAACUGCCCUGGAUAUGCUUGGGGUGUCUUUUGCAUCCUCAGAAGCAGGUGGUGGCCAUACUAAAACCAAGAAAGUGGCGGGGGGGGGGGAGAGGAGAGAUGGCGUUAAUCAAUGUAAUAUCUUUAAUUUCUGUCAGCAUAACUUGAAGCUUCUGAGUUCGGCCUCUUUACCUAUUUGCAUGAGAAAAUAACUAUGUAAGAUAUGAAGCAAACCCAGCCCCUGUCCCCCAAAUAUUUAAUAUGAUGGUAGGGAGAUGCGUUUUAACAAAAUGCUGUACAGUGUAUAUCUGAUUCCCACACAAACUUGACCUUGCCUGGCUUAUCU